CUAUAUUUCUAGCUACUUCAUACAGCUACUAUUAGCUAGACCCUAGCUAGAUCAGCAUCAGAUGGUCAGCACUAUGGAAUGUAAACAAUGCCAACACGUGGAUUCAGCUCAAAUUGAAAUGAAUACAGACGAUGGCCGAUGAGACCAGCACUAAAACCAGAAUCCAGAGAACCAUGCGCCUGGGAAUGUGCGAGGUGUGCGCCGCAAAGGAAGCCUGCUACGCAUGUCCCAAAUGCGAGGUGAAAACGUGCAGCCUGCCCUGCGUCCAGAUCCAUAAGAAGGAGCUCAACUGCGAUGGCCAGCGGGAUCGCACUAAGUUCGUACCGCUGAACGAGAUGACCUCGCGGGAAUUCAUGAGUGACUACUGCUUCUUGGAGGAGUGCACACGCUAUGCGGAGAAUCGGAAAUCCGAUCCGUGCAAGCGAUUUACCCACGACCAAAGGAAUCUCCCAGUGACUCAGCAUCGCAUGCGGAUGGCAGCCAAGAAGCGCAACAUUAAUCUGCGCUUGCAACUGGAGAAUUUCAGUCGGCACAAGGAGAACACCACGUUUCUAAACUGGAAACUGGGACGAUUCCAUUGGCGUGUAGAGUGGCUGUUUGCAAACAUUCCUUGCGAGGCAAGCCUUCCCCGGAAUAUAGUUCGAUUCGUGGACGAGGAGUGCAAUGAGGAGCUUACGCUGUCCGAUCUGGUAGUCAAGUAUGUGGAUCUGCAGCACGAGACGGCACGGGAUCAACGCAAACUGCUGGCCAACCAUCAGACCGCCGGUAUUGGCCAGCUGAGCUUUUGGCUUAGGGCCGAGGGUGUGCGUCGCAGCUCUACGAGGUGUUAUCUCCUCGACUCGACCAAAACGCUGGGCGAGAAUCUAGUCGGCAGAACCAUCGUGGAGUUUCCCACCAUUUUGGUCACCUACGAACCGAAGCCACCAGGAGGAUAUGAAGCCAUCGACAGCAGUGAGGAAUUCGAGGAAGAGCAGGAGGAGGAUCUGCCUGUAACCAAACCAGGGCCAUCCUCCAACGCAGUUGCGGAGGACUUGGAUGAUUCACAUGAUGUGUACUAUAAACUGGCUGCAGCAUUUGCUGGUGAAGAUGUUAGUGAAACUGAAGACGACGAAGAAUUCGAGGAAAUCUACAAACAACGUGUUGUACUGUAGAAACAAAUAAUACAGUACUAUUACCCGCAAUAACUGUCCCGCGCAAAUAAAACAAUUAGCUUUUAUAUAUUUUUACAUAAGUUCUGUAUUUUCUCGUACGCAUUUGAUUUGAUUUGUAUUUUAGGCUUAUUAAACAUUAAUAAUUCAUACCACA